AUAGCAGCGCCACAGCUGUGAAUGUGGAACCACAAUUUCUGCUACAAUCUCACCAUGUACUCAACAAGGACACAGAGGAUGAACUGCACUGCUGGGGCUACUCAGACUCCCGGUGGAGGCGGAUGCUGUUCUUCCUCCUUGUCCUGCUCUCUGUGGGCCUCCUUCUGCUGGUGGUGCACUGGAGGCCACAGCUGGAGUGUCUGCUCAAGAGGAGGAGGUGCUCCCUCUACAAGGCCAAGUACAUUCUUAUCAGGACCCGCUUUGGAGUGGUCAGUGUUGUGACUGUCCAUGUCAUGACGGAACCUAUUGAAGGUGAGAAUGUUGGCAGCUACACCGAGCCCUCUACCACCCCAACCGCCAGCUCGGUGGACUUCUCCGACGACCGGACGCUGCUGUCCUCAUCCUGGAUGUCCGACUCGGAUGGCGGCCUUCGGUACUUUGACUACCAGAAGACACGGUACCUCUGGGAGCAGACCAAACGGUCCUUCCGGAAACUUGAAGAUCUCUCCACUGGUACUGCUUGUCUUGACCUGUAUGAGAAGUACAAAGGCUUGACGGGAGACCAAAGAGCCAGCAGGUCGUGUUUGUAUGGACCAAACACGAUGGAGAUUGAGGUGCCCAGCUAUUGGUCACUUUUCAUUGGUGAAGUGCUGAACCCGUUCUACAUCUUCCAGAUUGCCAGCAUCAUCCUAUGGUCCUUUGACUCCUAUUACUACUACGCCUCGUGUAUCUUUGCCAUCUCCUGCCUCUCCAUUGGGAUUUCCCUCCGAGAAACCAGAAAGCAACGGGUAACCCUGAGGAACAUGGUGGCCACACAGGAGGGUACCAUGCAGGUCUGCACCAGCGCACAAGAGUUUGUGGUGAAGGCAGAGCACGAGCUAGUCCCAGGUGACGUCAUCGCGAUUCCUCCCAACGGCUGUGUCAUGACGUGCGACGCGGUGCUGACAGCAGGGACGUGCAUUGUGAACGAGAGCAUGCUCACUGGCGAGAGUGUACCGGUGACCAAGACCCCGUUGCCACAGCAGGAGGACGAAGAGAUAUACUCCCCCGAGAUUCACAAGCGACACACUUUGUUCUCAGGCACGCACAUCGUGCAGACACGCUACUACGGACAGGCGAAGGUGCUGGCUGUGGUGGUGCGCACAGGGUACAACACUGCCAAGGGUGAUCUGGUGAGAGCUAUCCUGUUCCCCAAGCCGCUGGACUUCCAGUUUUAUCGCGAUGCCAUCCGUUUCAUCCUUUUCUUGGGCGGUGUGGCCUCCAUCGGCAUGACGUACUCUCUGACAACUUACAUCAUCAACAAAGAGCCGUGGCAGAGAACAAUUCUGCGUGUUCUGGAUAUUGUGACAGUGGUCGUCCCCCCUGCUCUCCCAGCGGCCAUGACAGUGGGCACGGUGUACGCUCAGAACAGACUGAAGCGAGCCAACAUCUUCUGCAUCAGCCCCCCGCGCAUCAACUUCUGUGGCCGGAUCAACGUCUUCUGUUUCGACAAGACUGGCACCCUGACGGAGGAUGGCCUGGACAUGUGGGGCGUGGUGCCUGUUGAGGAGCAUAAGUUCCGGCAUCAUGUUUCCGACCCGUCCACCCUUCCACGCUGCCCGCUGUUAGUGGGUCUGGCCUCCUGCCACUCCUUGACCAUCAUAGACGGAGAGCUCAGCGGCGACCCCCUCGAUCUCAUCAUGUUCAACGCCAUCAAAUGGCACCUGGAGGAGCCCGGCACUGACACCCACAAGUACGACACCAUCAUGCCGACUGUCGUCAAGCCUUACAGCUCCGAUACAUUCCUGGGGGAGGAGGAGGAGUUUGAAGCCCUUCAGCGUGAGCAUCCGUUUGAGGUGGGCAUCAUCCGUCAGUUCACCUUCUCCUCCUCCUCCCAGCGCAUGAGUGUAGUCACUCGGGUGAUGGGCGAGGAUCACAUGGACAUCUACUGUAAGGGGGCUCCGGAGAAGGUGGCCUCCCUGUGUCGACCAGAGACUGUCCCUGAGGACUUCCACAGCGUUCUUCAUAGCUACUCCGUCCAAGGGUUCCGAGUGAUUGCUCUGGCGUACCGACCCAUGGACCCCAAGGUCACCUGGCAUCAGGUACAGAGGAUCUCAAGGGAGAAAGUGGAGAAGGACCUGACGUUUCUGGGCCUGUUGGUCCUACAGAACCAGCUGAAGCCUGAGACAGCACCGGUCAUCCGCACCCUCACCCAGGCACAGAUUCGCUCUGUCAUGGUUACAGGCGACAUGCUGCAGACCGCCAUCAGCGUAGCCCGCAACUGUGGGAUGGUGCGUCGACAGGACCGCGUGAUCAUUGCCCACGGUCACCCGCCGGACAAGACCAACUCGGCCCGCCUCACGUGGGAGGAGGCGGAGAAACCGAAUCUCAGCUGCUCCGAGGACGACACAGGAAGCAACGAGGUGGACACUGAUGUGGAGAACGCACCGCUGCUCAGCGAGACUCAGCGCUCACUCGUCACUGAAGUCACAGAAUCACGUACCUCAAAGGGCCAGAGAUACACCAGUGUCAGCAUGGAGGAACACCUGUCCCGCAAACAUCUGGCCAUCAACGGAAAGUCGUUUGCCGUCAUCUCAAAGUAUUUCCCAGAGCUGUUGCCUAAGAUCUGUGUGGAGGGCACCGUGUUUGCCAGGAUGUCCCCGGAUCAAAAGUGUCAGCUGAUUGAACAUCUACAGAAAUUGGAUUACAUGGUUGGCAUGUGUGGAGACGGGGCUAAUGACUGCGAGGCUCUGAAGGCUGCCCACGCUGGCAUCUCCCUGUCGGAGGCCGAGGCUUCUGUGGCGGCACCGUUCACCUCCAGCGUCAACAACAUUGAGUGUGUGGUCACUGCCAUGAGGGAGGGCCGAGCGGCUUUGGUGACAUCCUUUGGCUGUUUCAAGUACAUGGCUCUGUACAGCUUCAUACAGUUUGUCACUGUGCUCAUUCUCUACACGUGGGCAACACGGCAGCCUACCACCGCCUGGUGAAGCAGAAGCCUCCCGGCAGUCUUGUGAAGGCCUCCAACCUGUGCUCCAUCAUCUUCCAGGUGACGCUCGUGGCCGGCUUCCAGCUGGCCGGCUUCUUCUACAUGCAGCAGCAGCCGUUCUACAAUGCUCCAGAGUCGAAUCACACGAGGGAACUGAGGACGAAAGUGGCAAAAAAUGCCGAGGAGACGAUGACAUGGGAGAGCACUGUGAUGUUUCUUCUGUCCUCGUUUAUGUACAUCUCGGUGGCCUUCACCUUCUCCCGAGGCCCACCGUUCCGUAAACCCAUCUACACCAACUAUCUGUUCCUGGCAUGCCUGGUCCUCUUGUUCAGCUUCUCCACGUUCCUGCUCCUGAGCCCCCUGGAUCCCCUCAACACUUUCUUUGUGAUGAUGCCUCUGCAAGACACACCCUUUGAGUUCCGGAUCAUCAUCCUGGCUUUGGUCCUGGGUUUCUUCAUCGUCUCCAAUAUUGUCGAGUGGAUCGCCAUUGAUACGCGGCUCCUGAAAUGUCUGUACCAAGGACUGGGGCGGCUGAGGAAGGUCCCGCCCACAAAGUACAAGGAAGUGCAGGCGGAGAUUAACGCCAUCAGUUGGCCACCGGUCAACCAGGUGACCUUUGCCUCCUCCUCCCCGGACACGGAGGAUGUGUCUGAGGUUGCUCUGGAGAUGGAGUCGAGCUCUGUUCACUGACGGAAGACGAGAGCGCGUGUGUUUGGGCGGUGAAAGAAUUUGGUGGAAGUUUUGAAAAUGUUGUAGAUAGAGUGCUAUAUUUUACUCUAAUGUUGCUGCUAAAAAAGGAUGUGUGCUAAAGUAUACUUGAAUUGUGAAAAUGUUAACAAUUCUAAUUAAUUUUUUGAAUUUGUUUUUUGUGAUUCUUUCUGCAGAUUUUGUUUUGUAAUUGCUUUAUCGCCAUGGCAUUAUUGUCAUAAACAUUUGGAGUGUCUUUGGAAAUUAACGUCAUUUCAUUCUUUAACUUUUGAUUAUUUCCUACCAGCUUUAGAAGGAAUCUGCUGUUAUUUCAGCAGUUUUGAGUGAAUGUUUUGCCUCAUGCUGUUUAUUCCUCGACAUUUCGACUCAGGAGAUGUAAUUUGCCAAUACUGACAGAAGGAAACUUGUUGGAACUGUAUGGAUAAAAGGUUUUCUUUUAUGUAUCUAGACCUUAUUGUGUCUCCUGUAUGACUUGCUUUUUGUGAAGAAGCGUAAUGCUUUUGGAAGGAAGGAAUUGUGUUCUUGGCAAUUGUGGAAAUAAUGGGUUUUUGCGAUGGUGGAAAAAA